UGGGGCCACCCGCUGCUCCACCACAACAAGCUGCUCGUGUAUCCGCGCUACUGGACGGUGUGUGAGCGGUGCCACAACACGGGCUACAAGCACGCACAGGCCUCGUCGCCGUGCGGCCGCUGCUGGCGCAAGUUCGGCCGCGAGUACGCCGGCGCGCUGCGCGCGGCCUACGAGCGGCCCGGCAGCUCGACGGACCUCACGGGUGUGCACCUGCAGCGCCCGUUGGAGCGUGUGCCCAACACGGCGCCGUUCCCGACGUACGUGAGCGCGCCUGCGGCGCCUAGGCCGGCGGCCCCUGCGCCUGCCGUCUUUGACGAGGAUCGGUACAGUGACGCGCCGCCGCACUACGCCGUGGUCGCCCAGGCCGCGCCGGGCCAGCUCCUGCCGCAGCAGACGUACCCCGGCGCCGGCGCUGGGCCGGCGCCGGCGUGGGGCACGCCGGCGCCCGGCGCCCACCGCGUCGGGCCGACGGUCGACUGGUACGGGAUGCGGCCGCCGCCUGGCGCGGUGGUCGUGAUGCCGGGCGAUCCGCGCAUCGGCGGCGUCCUGUGCCCCCAGUGUGGGGGCUCCGGCACGCGGGACGACCUGCUGUCGUUCUUCCUGGGCGACACGGAGUGCGAGCGGUGCAGCGGUGCGGGGCGCGUCACGCGGUGA